AUGACUAAAUACCAAAGUCCUCCAGCAAAAAUCAUUUCUAUUAAAGAUCUGGAACGCGCCUCUCUUCCCUUAGCAACAAAACAGGUUCGUGAAUUUUGGGCAGGUGGUGCAUCAGAAGAGUUUACGUUGGCAGAAAAUAUAAGUGUUUUUGAUGAAUAUAGAAUUAGAACCAAAGUUAUGACAGAUGUCUCUAACAUAGAUAUGAGACCCAAAGAAAUUUUUGGAAAAAAAUACUCAUUCCCAAUUGGUUUUGCUCCAUCUGGCUUUCAUCAAUUGGCAACAGAAGAAGGUGAAAUAGCAACCGCUAAAGCUGCAAAAUCUCAUAAUUGGUUAAUGGCGCUUUCUUCCUACUCUACUAAGUCUCUUGAAGAAGUUAAGCAAGCGGGAGGAGAAAAUGUUGCUGUACUGCAGCUUUAUGUUUUUCAAAAUAGAGAAACUACAAAAAAGCUAGUUGAACGGGCUGAAAAAGCUGGGUAUAAAGCAAUUGCACUUACGGUAGAUACACCUGUUGUUGGUAUGAGACCAGCCGACAAUUACAACAAUUUCAAGUUGCCUUCUUACGUUAAAUUGGGGAACUUUGAAUCUAGAGAUGGUGCUAUUGACAAUCCUGUUUCUCCAGACUCGAUUGCUAGAAAGGCUGUUUUGGAUGAUUCUAAAAAAGAAGAAAUUAAGACCUCCAAUGCUUUAGAUCCAACCCUUACAUGGAGCUCUACUAUUCCUUGGCUUCGUUCUAUUACAAAAAUGGAAAUAUGGGUCAAAGGGGUAGCGACCGCAGAAGAUACAAAAGAUGCUAUUAAUGCUGGUGUAGAUGGGAUUUGGGUCUCCAACCAUGGAGGAAGACAAUUAGAUUCUACCUUAGCAAGCUUGGACUCGUUACCAGAAGUAGUUGCUGCUGCAAAUGGAAAAGUUCCUAUACAUUUUGAUGGUGGUAUUAGACGCGCCUCCGAUGCAUUUAAAGCAUUAGCUCUUGGUGCUGAUUUUGUUUGGGUGGGAAGACCAGUACUAUAUGGACUUCUAUAUAACGGCCAAAAAGGUGUAGAACUUAUGGAAACAAUUUUUGAAACAGAACUUGCAAAUGUUAUGAUGUUUGCAGGUACUCCAAAUGUUUCAGGUAUUGAUAAAAGCAGAAUAGUUAAAAAAGGACACAGACUUCAGAAAUUGUAA